AGCUUACAUAGAACCGAGCAUAGGCAAAUUGCUUUACUGGGGUCCCUAUUUUGACCCUUCUUCUCUCCCAAAAGUCCUUCCAUAGCUUGGCCUCACCCAAAUCCAUCGGCUGCCUGCUGAACACUCUCAUCUUUCUCUCUCUGCAUUCUUCAUCAUCGGCCCCAACAAUGCCGCGCUACUCCGAAGACGCCCAACCCAAGAACAGGAAGAGAAAACUCUUCUUCGCCAUCUUCUCAUCCUUCUUCCUCCUCGCUCUCGCCCUCACCGCCGUCUAUGGCCUCGCCUCCCGAGUCCCGCCAAGAAGCUCCGCCAUCGACGAUCGCCACCGGGAAGCUCGGUCCCUCAUCAAGUCCUCCUGCAGCUCCACUCUGUACCCCGACCUCUGCCUCUCUCAGCUCACCUCCUCGCCAUCUUCAGCUGCCAGCGCCGUGAAGACCCCCAAGGACGUCAUCACGCUGGCUCUGAACCUGACCAUCGCCUACGUCCAGCACAACUACUUCGCCAUCAAGAAGGUGGCGGCGGUGCGGAGGGGGCUGACGGCGAGGGAGAGGACGGCGCUCCACGACUGCCUGGAGAUGGUGGACGACACCCUCGACGAAGUCCGUGAGACCCUGGUGGAGCUGCUGGCGUACCCGAGCGGGGGCAACAAGUCGGUGUCGGAGCUCGCCGAGGACAUGAAGACAUUGCUCAGCGCCGCCAUGACGAACCAGGAGACGUGCCUCGACGGCUUCUCGCACGGCUCCUCCGACAAGAAGGUUAGAGAGGCCCUGUUGGGUGGCCAGACGCACGUGUUCCACUUGUGCAGCAACGCGCUGGCCAUGGUCAAGAACAUGACCGACGCCGACGUGGCCAGCGAGCGGCUCUCCUCCUCCAACAGGCGCUUGAAGGAGGAGGAGGAGGGCCCGACACGGUGGCCGGAGUGGCUGUCGGCCGGGGACAGGCGGCUACUCCAAUCGACCGCGGUGACGCCGGACGCGACGGUGGCGGCGGACGGGAGCGGGGACUACCGGACGGUAUCCGCAGCGGUGGCGGCUGCGCCGGAGGGGAGCGCGAGGAGGUACAUUAUAAGGAUAAAGGCGGGGGUGUACAGGGAAAACGUGGAGGUCCCGAAGAAGAAGACCAACCUGAUGUUCAUGGGAGACGGGAGGACCAGCACCAUCAUCACCGGAAGCAGAAACGUCGUGGACGGCAGCACCACAUUCAACUCCGCAACUGUUGCUGUAGUUGGGGACGGGUUCUUGGCCAGGGACAUAACCUUCCAGAACACCGCGGGCCCGUCGAAGCACCAGGCGGUGGCGCUCCGCGUCGGGGCGGACUUCUCCGCCUUCCACCGGUGCGACAUGCUGGCCUACCAGGACACCCUCUACGUGCACUCCCUCCGCCAGUUCUACGUCGGCUGCCUCGUCGCGGGCACCGUUGACUUCAUCUUCGGGAACGCGGCAGCCGUGCUCCAGGACUGCGACAUCCACGCACGCCGCCCCAACCCGGGCCAGCGCAACAUGGUCACUGCCCAGGGCCGCGACGACCCCAACCAGAACACGGGUAUAGUGAUCCAAAAGUGCAGAAUUGGAGCAACAUCAGAUCUCUUGGCAGUGAAGGAGAGCUUCCAAACUUAUCUGGGUAGGCCAUGGAAGACGUACUCGAGGACCGUGAUAAUGCAGACCGCCAUAAGCGACAUCAUCAAUCCCGCAGGCUGGUACGAGUGGGACGGCAACUUCGCCCUCGACACUCUGUACUACGCGGAGCACGCGAACACCGGGGCCGGUGCCAGCACCGAGAACCGGGUCACAUGGAAGGGCUACAGAGUGAUUUCGGCUUCUGAAGCUCAAGCGUUCACCGCCGAUCAGUUCAUCGCCGCGGGCAGCUGGUUGGGUUCCACGGAGUUUCCCUACUCUCCCGGUCUCUGAAAACGAACCGGAGCAUCGAAUGAGAAAAAUUGUAUCUGAUCAUUCGGAGACGAUGAUGAAUAAAGAAACUGAAGAACAUUAGCUUUGAA